UUUUGAAGGCGGUCGCUUCUCUUCCGGUGUCUCCGCCGUAGAAGCGCAGACUUGACGCGGCUGGAAGAUGGUGUCCGUGAUGACAAGUUGAAAAAUCCCAACAUCAGCCGGAGCCCAGACGACCUGCCGGAUCCAGUUCGGGGGAAAUGGAAGCGGCUCCGUGUCCGUUCGGCAGCCACCGUUUGGCGGGCUGACGUCGUCCGGCAGCCGGGCUGGCAUGAACCGGGGCGGCCGCUGCUUUUGUUUACAUCCAGCCCAGAUGAUGGUGACGAUGGGCCCGGAGCGGCGUGUGGGCUAACCCCGCUACCCGAGCUGCUUCCAGGGAGCGCGUCACCGGAGAACCCGCUCCGCUCGGACCGCGGAGGUCCGCCCGAACCGCCGCUGGCUGAGGGUGAUGGACCCUGGAUCCUCUCAGGAACCCGCUGUCAUGGCGAUGGAUCUAUCUAAGAGCUACACCCCGCUGAGCCGCGGCUGUAACGAAGCCGGCGACCCGGCCAAGAAGCCCGAGUGGUACCACCGGCGUCCGGCCGGCUGCAGCGCUGACGGCGCCUCCGCCUACAGAUCCUCCUUCAGCCCGCUGCAGCCGGGCGUCCGCUGCAGAGACGUGGAGCAGGCGCCCGAGGCUCUGGGCGGCUACAUGAACUCCACCCUGGAUCUGUUCCACGGCAGAACCCACGGCGGCCUGUGGCCCGGCGGCUUCUACGGAGCCGAGCAAAGCCCCGCCCCCGAGAGCAGCGGCGCCGAGGAGAGCGACAGCGGCUCCGACGUCAUCUUCCUGGUGUCCUCCGCCAAGGAGCCGCUGCUGUGUGGGCCCUUCAUCCAGGACGGCGUGAGGCGCAUGGUGGAGCCCGUGUCUCCCGCCGCGUCCUCAUUGGACGACGAGCGAGGCUGCUACCUGCUACCUCAGCCCGUCAGCUCGCCCAGCGCCGACAGCUCGUACUCUGACGACUCCUCUGACAGCUCCGUGGACAUCCCCGUCCACCACGCCCGGCCCGUCGUCCUCAUCUCAGACCUCAACGGGGUCUACGCACACGCCGGGGAGUCGAGUGACGACAGCGAAGUCGUCGAAGUCUCCGUCGCCGACUACAGGAAGGAGAGGCGCCGUUUGAAGGGGAAGCCGCCGGAGGCGAAGGGCGAGGGUGAAAAGACGGCGUCUAGAGAAGUGAGACGCAGCGCCAGGGUUAGAAAGUGCGAGUCGGAAACGCCGCGGCUGAACUGCGGCGUGUCGCGGCGCAGCUUGAGGAGGCGGGUCAAAAACGACGCCGUGGGCAUCUACAACGAAAGCAGCGACUCUGAGGACUUGAUCGAGUACGCGCUGAGGUUCUCCAGCUCGGACGAAUCCGCCUCGCAGCCACAAAAAGCCAGCGGCCGUUCAGAGGAAUCCAACGCCGACAGGAAGUCCCCUCCGCAGGACGCUCAGUACGCCAAACUUAUACAGGACAAAAGAAAAAAGCCUCUUCCUCUUCGGGAGACUAAAAAGGUGAAAGACGUGAAGCAGGAGCAGCUCAGCGGCGCCGCGCUGCCGGAGCAGCAGACGGUCUGCGGCGGUAAAAACACGGCGGGGAAGAAACGGGUCGGCAGGCGAAAAAGAAAGAGGCGCCCACAGACCGGCCCGGCCGCCCUCUUUUCCCCCAGAGAAUCCGAAAUCAUGCUCAAAUAUGCAAAAGCCAAGGAGAAGAAGGAGAGAAAAGCUGGCGGUUUCUGCCCGUUUGUGCACAUGGAGCGGCGGCUGUGCAGGGUGGUCAACUACCAGGAGGAGGAGGGCGCGCUCCGCAGCAGCAAGGCGUGGCCGGCCCCCAGGUCUCUGUCCGGGUUCGUUCCCUGCACCUCCUGCUUCCAGCUGGGUCGACCCAGUUCUGACGGCAGCCGUCCGGACCGACUGUCCUGCUGCCUGUGCGGGUGGACGGCUAACACCAUGGGCCUGGGCGACCUUCACGGCCCGUACUACGCCGCGCUCUCCUCUGUAGACGGCCAGACCUGCAAAGCUGAGCAGAGCGAGGACGCGCAGAAAAUCUCCAACGGCCAUGCGGUGAACUCCUCUGAGGACGACCAAGCUUUGCUCCGGAGCGACAGAGUCUCUCCCGCGAAGGUGCCGCCUUGUCCAAACGAGUGCUGGAUCCACGAGGACUGUGGCAUCUGGUCCGCCGGCGUCUUCCUGGUCCGGGGAAAGCUGUACGGGUUGGAGGAGGCCGCCCGGAUCGCCCAGGAAACCAUUUGUUCAUCCUGCUACCAGACGGGCGCAAUAAUGGGCUGCUUCCAGAAGGGCUGCCUGAGAAAUUAUCACUACACAUGUGCCAUUCAGUCAGGCUGCAUCCUCAACGAAGACAACUUCUCUAUGAGAUGUCCAGAACACAAGUGCAAAACCUUCCCACCUGCUGCCAGACAAGACAAGAGAUGACACUGAAGACAUGCGGGGGCCAUGGAGGACGCUCCACUGAUCUCCUCAGGGCGUGACCAGAGCUGCGCGGCUUCACCUCAACACUUUUCUAAUUGUAAUGAACUGGAGCAGAGCUGCCGUCAGAGGCCGGACCUUUCAGUAAGGCGUGGCGGCUUCGCUUUCUGACAGAAUCAGGGUCCACUUUCUUUAUUUAUUUAUUUCCUGAUAUAUUUUGACCUGUUCGUUUUGGUCCCCAUGUGUUCUUUGUUGAUGUCUAGCACAGUGACUCACGGAUUAAACCGGUGCGUUCGUAUUUGUUCCUUUCCUGGAGAUUCUCACUUCAACUAGCUGCUAAAAUAGUUUAUUAUUGUUUGAACAUAGGUACUAUAUCAGAGUUUUAUUGAUCUCUUGGAUAAAACACGUCUUAUAUCAGAGGCCACUUUUCUACAAGGUUUUCUACUACUUUUUUAUUCCUUUUAGUGCUUUGGUUGUAUUUAUUUUCCUCCUCGUUGCAUGCACAGCUGAUAUUUGCUACGGUGCACUUUAUAUUAUUAUUUUCUGUCAGUUAAUUUAAGUCAGUUCCUUCUUUUCCUGCUAAAAUUAUUUAAAUUUGAUGUAAAGCUGCACUAAGCUACAGUUAACCUGUGAAACAAUAUAGAGUUAAUGCUUCAAUAUGAAAAAUAAAUCUAUCAUUGUUAACUGAGACCUUCUACAAAU